AUGUUGAAAUUUUUGAAGAGUUUUCUAGACGAGAUUCCACAUCGAGUGGUGUUUCAUCUGUAAUUGCUAGAAUGGAGAAAGAACUCCUGGUCAAUUCUACUGGAAACUCGCAGGAUAAUGAAAGGAUGGAUAUAGAAUAUGAAUCGGAGGAUGAAAACAAUACUUCCCAAACGCAAGCAUCUACGCAAGAAAGAUCUCGAAAAAGACCUUGUGGAGAUACUUCUAGUAAAAAAACAAAAACUAAGAAAGGAGAAUCAUCUAUGUUAAUAAAGCUUAUCGAGGAGUUGAAGGCACCAAGUUCUUCAUCGAAUGAAAUCGCUCCACAACCUGCCACGAUCACGGGUAAUUUUGCUGAACUAUACAAUGCAAUUAUUAAUGCCGAAGGACGUAUUGGGAACGUAAAUCAAGAAAUUAUUAAAUGCUACUUUACUUUUGGAAAAAAACUCAAAGAAAG